GCGUAAGAAGCCCAACGAUGUUCUGUGCUAUAUCUGGUGAACCACCACAAGAGGCUGUCGUCUCUGUUAAAUCUGGUCACUUAUUUGAGAAGCGUUUAAUUGAGAAGUAUAUCAACGAGAACGGAAAAGAUCCAAUAUCAGGCGAGCAGUUGGCGGUUGAUGAUCUAGUUAGUGUAAAAUCUGAACCAAAGAAUGUCGCACCAAGACCACCAAGCUUGACCUCUGUACCAACUUUGCUCUCCACUUUGCAGUCUGAAUGGGAUUCACUCGUUUUAGAAACACACUCCCUCCGUGAGCAGUACGUAAACGGACGCAAAGAUCUUGCACACGCACUCUAUCAAGUAGAUGCAGCCCACCGUGUCAUUGCACGCCUUAUGGUCGAGCGUGAUCAAGCUAGAGAAGCUUUAUCCAACAUACAAGCAGGUUUAGGCGUUGCUCCAGCAGCUGAGGCAGCCCCAGCUAAUGGCGGCGAUGUAGAAAUGCAAGAGGAGGAAGCAGCAAGUGGAUUACCAGCCGAUGUCGUCAGUAAUAUCGAUUCUGUCGCGGCAGUACUCACUGCAGAAAGAAAGAAGCGCAAGGUUCCAGAUGGCGCUGCUAGCAAGGACACAGUAAAGGCUUUCAAUGCCAAGGAUAACCUUGCAUCAUUCCAUUCAGCUUCUCCAGCAGGUGUGAACGCAACUGCACUCUCAAAUGACAACAACCUCUUGAUUACAGGUGGUAAUGACAAACAUGUCCAGAUCUAUGAUCGUCAGGAGCAAAAGACGAUCGCAACACUCAAGGGACAUACCAAGAAGAUUAAUGCUUUAGAGUGGAGAGAGAAGGAAGGUUUGAAGACCUUGGUCGUCUCUGCCGGUGAUAAGCGUGUUAGGGUAUACAGUAAAGAAGAGAAAGGAUGGAAGAUGACCGGUGAAUUCAAAAACCGCACAGGUGGUGAAGUAACAGGCAUGAAAGUACACCCAACUAAGAAUUAUGCCAUCAGCGUUGGUACAAACCAAAGUUGGUCACUUCAUAACCUCGAUACACUCGAGACAUUACUCGAUGUUAGCCCACCUGAUGGUGAAUCUGGCGAUUUCGAAUACCAAUCCGUAGAUAUACACCCUGAUGGUGUCAUAUUUGCAACUGGUACACAAUCAGGUAUUUGUCGUAUUUGGGAUUUAAAGACAUCAAAGAUUGCAGCAAACUUUGAAUCACCAAAUAGUCAUGGUCCAAUUGUUUCGCUUUCUUUCUCAGAAAAUGGAUACUAUUUGGCAGCUGCAUUUGCAGGUAGCUCAACUAUUGAAAUAUUCGAUUUGAGAAAGUUGAAAUCAAUCCAUACAAUUCAAUUAGAAGAGGGAGUUUCAAGUGCAACAACCGUUAGGUUUGAUCCAAGUGCACAGUUUUUGGCGAUUGCUGGAUCCGAUGUUAGAAUUCUUGCUAACAAAACAUGGGAAGAAUUGGUUAGAUUUGAGGAUAACGCGUCUACUGUAGAAACACUCAGUUGGGGUCUUGGUGGAAAUGAGCUCAUAGCUAGUGGCUUGGAUAGAACAAUAAGGUUCUAUGCCGCUUAGAAAGCUAAAAAAAUAAUUUAAAGUUUUAUUUUAGUUGUAAAAAUAUACAAAGUUGUUUCCUG